CGUUUCACAUAAAUAAUAACAACAAUAAUAAUUAAUUUUUGCGUGAUCAUAUCCACGUCCACAUAGCCCUUAUAUAAACCCUCAACUCAAGGCACUCAGCCAUGACUGGCAGAGAAAUCCUCCACAAGAUGAAGGAAAAAGUGUUGGGGUCAUCAGAUCCUGAUUCAGGGAAAGGAAAGAGCAAGAUGUCUAAGAACAUAACUCAUGGCUUCCAUUUGGUAAAGGGAAGAUCAGAUCAUGCUAUGGAAGACUAUCUUGUUGCUCAAUUUAAGCAAGUCGAAAAUAAUGAGUUGGGUUUGUUUGCAAUAUUUGAUGGCCACUCUGGUCACAGUGUACCUGAUUACUUGCGGUCUCAUUUGUUCGAUAACAUCAUAAAUGAGCCUGACUUCUGGACAGACGCUGCUAAUGCUGUGAAGAGAGCCUAUAGUGUAACUGAUUCUACUAUUUUGGAGAAAUCAGGUGAAUUGGGCAGAGGGGGUUCAACUGCUGUUACAGCAAUAUUGAUUAAUUGUCAGAAGCUAAUAGUGGCUAACAUUGGGGACUCUCGGGCUGUCUUAUCGGUGAAUGGCAAGGCCAAACAACUAUCUGUGGAUCAUGAACCAAACACAGAAUGGGAGGACAUCAAGAACAGAGGUGGUUUCGUUUCUAACUUCCCAGGGGAUGUUCCACGGGUUGAUGGGCAAUUGGCAGUGUCGAGGGCAUUCGGUGACAAAAGCCUGAAGAAACACUUGAGCUCUGAUCCAUAUGUGACAGUGGAGCUCAUAGGUGAUGGUGCAGAGUUUAUCAUAUUAGCCAGUGAUGGUUUAUGGAAGGUAAUGUCAAAUCAAGAAGCAGUUGAUGCUAUCAAAGACAUAAAAGAUGCUCGGUCUGCAGCAAAACACCUUACUGAAGCAGCAGUUAACAGGAAAAGCUCAGAUGAUAUCUCUUGUGUUGUUGUGAGAUUUCAGUGAUCGCAGAACUCAUUUGUGUAUUUUAUUAAUGUACAAACUCUGGAAAUGUAAAAUAUAUAACAAUAAUUUAGUAUAUUGAUAAGGCAUUGUAUCAAUUAGUAGCCUCUAAGGAAUUCAGUGUGCGACUUUAUUUACCUGCUUUCGUUCGAAACGUAUUUAUCUAAACCAAUUGGAAUAGACAUAUUGUUUGAUGUAACAUUGUGUAAAACUGUAAAUCAUUAGUUUUGGAUUGUGCUUGUGAUCAAAAUCCAAAACUCUUGCAAAUAACUAUUUGACUA